GGCGGAGCGUUGCACGUUGUAUGUCUAAGUAAGCAUGUUCAUUUCUACUAUAAAACCAGCCAAAGUUCAUCUUUUUGAAGAACUGUCUGCUGAAGUGUGAGUGAAAUUUGCCCAGACAUGGAUACUGUAUCAGACUCGAUGCUUGCGAGGGGACUGGUGUUCAUAGGUGGCUUCACAGUGCUGUAUUACAUGCUAAAAUGGUCCUGGAUUUGCUGGUGUGGAUUCAGAGUGUAUGUGCUGUCAAAAGUUUGGCAAACUGAUUUAAAGGCAUAUGGACAAUGGGCAGUUGUCACAGGGGCUACCUCAGGGAUUGGCAAAGCUUACGCAAAUGAGUUGGCCAGAAGAGGUCUGGACAUUGUACUGGUCAGCCGGUCAAAAGAUAAACUCCACAUUGUUGCCAAGGAGAUUGAGAGCCAACAUGGACGCCAGACCCAGAUCAUCCAGACAGACUUCACAGAGGGCCAUGACAUCUACCCUGCUAUAGCUGAGGCACUACGGGACCUGGACAUAGGCAUCCUUGUUAACAAUGUAGGCAUGAACUAUUCUGACAAGUUGGUACAUUUCCUGGACAUUCCCAACCCUGAGCAGAGAACCACCCAGGUGAUCAACUGUAACAUCCUCUCUGUCACCCAGAUGACCAGACUGGUUCUCCCACGCAUGGUUGCAAGAGGGAACGGUCUGAUCAUCAACAUGUCUUCUGAGGCAGGUGCUCAACCACAACCCAUGCUGUCUCUCUACUCCGCCACCAAGAUUUUUGUGACAUAUUUUUCCAGAUCCCUGAAUUCAGAGUACAAGUCACAGGGAAUAACAGUUCAGUGUGUAGCUCCCUUUAUGGUGUCCACUAACAUGACCCACAACUUGCCCCCCAACCUGUUGUUGAAGAGUGCCAGUGCUUUUGCCCGUGAAGCUCUGAACACAGUGGGUUACUCUAGCUACACCAGCGGCUGUGUCUCUCACGCUCUUCAAAACAUUGCUUUGUCCAUUUUCUUCCCUGAUUGGCUGCGCCUUUCAUCCUACUGUGUGAAGCAGACAGAGAAAUUUGCACAGAGCAUACAGAAAAAAAAUUAUGAAAUGACAGAACGUUCUGCAAGCAAAGAGGACUAAGGAGUGCAAAGGAGGUUGCUACUGAAACGUUUGUGGUGCUUUAAAGAGAUCAUAUUGGAAAUUGAUAUGAGAUGUUUUACUUCAUAUGUAGGUAACUAAUUGAUCAAUGCUACUGUUUUUGCAUUGACUGCCAUUGAAAGGUAUUGGUAAUAGGAAAGAGAUUGUAUAAUGUUGAUGUGAUGUAAACAAGCUGACCCCAAAUCCAUCAUGAACUAUAUAGCCUGAGUGCAGCAGAGUAUGAUCUGUGGGAGACGCAACUCUCAAACAGGCUUCUGUAGUACAUAUUCUAGCUAUAUACAUAUUAGGGAUACAGACUACGACAUUAUAACUGAACGCUUGAACAUGUACAUGUUCUAGUUGAUUUGGACUUUUAACAUAGUACAAGUUUUGGUAUCAACCGUCACAUUUUUGUGAUCUCGAUUUUCUUAAAAAUAAAUACAAAGACAAUAA